ACCGACUGCCAUUAUGCUAAGUUUAGAAAAUGUCUCACGCGAUUUAGGGGGGUUUCUCCCUCUCAUGUAAUAUUUUCCCAUCAUAAAAUGCCCGGCCCUGUCGAAAGAUGGCUGGAGACCUUUAUGUGUAAACAAUAUGCCGACACUUUUGAAGCAUAUGGAUUUAAAACACUGCAGUCCGUAUGUCAGCUACAGCAUCCACAACUCCAAGCUAUGGGUGUCGCACAGGAACACUGUGAGAAGAUACUAGAGAAUGUACACGUAUUAAGACAGACUUUAUAUGGACAACUGAAUCAGAAUCACUACCAUGAAGAAAUGUAUCCCCCUGGAGUUGGAGGCCGUAUGCCUGGGGGUGGGGCUGGCCCCACCGGCUAUCAGAGUCAAAACUCUCAGCCUAUGCCAACAAUGCCACAACAGAACAUGGCCAACUACCAGAACCAAGGAGCUGGAAACUAUGACAACAGAGGUCAGAGGGUGCCAAGCAUGCAUGGGCAGUACUCCGAUGGUAUGUACAACCGGGGACACAGCCAGCCAUCUCAACACUACAUGGCCCAGUAUGGUGGAUUACAAGGAUCAGGGACAGUUAGCCAGGGACCCUAUGGCCCUGGUCAGUAUGGUCAAAUGUCAAGUGGGUAUGGACCUAUGACUGGAGGUCGUAACUACGGAUCAGGCAGUAUGCCACACUCCGGACGCCAACAACAACAACAGCAACAACAGCAGCAGCAGAAUCAUCAACAAGCACAGACACAGCCACAACAGAGUGGCCAUGUCCCCUCCCACAUGAUGCAUAGUGGUGGUCAGGUACAAAGUCCACAGGAUGUGGCUAAUUCCAUCCUUCAAAUGACGGCAGCCUAUCAACCUAAUCAGACAGUGCAAGUUCCAUUGUCUAAAAACCGCCAUGCACCAUAUCAUGUGCCGAACUCCCCUCACUAUUCCAUGCCUAGCCAGGGAAGCAGUCCCACUCACCAACAGCAGCAGCAGUUACAAGGUCCACAAGGGGGGCAUCAGUUCAUGUACCCCAGCUCCUCCCCUCAUCACUCACACCCUGCCAGGACCUCGCCCAUCAGUCCUAGCCCUGGCUACAUCCAUAGCCCUGCUUCUCAUCACAGUAACCAAAGCCUGCCUAACUCCAGUCCGCGUUCCAUACAGAGUCCAACCCAACACCCAGGGAGUACAGGGGGCAGUGUUAAGUCUCCAGUACCACCUCAAUCCCCCAUAGGGAGCCUCAAGUCACCAUGUGCCAUGCAGUCUCCUAUGAAUGCUGGGCAAAGCAUCUGUUCUCCUACUCCUGUGAACCAACAACUGCAUGUCUCUGUGUCCAGUCAAAAUUUGAUGCCUACAUACACAGGACAGUCACCAACACAACAGAAGAACCUCAUUUGUUAUUCCCCAAAAACAAACCCAAUUAGUCCACCUGCUAGUCAGAUCAGCUCACCGUUCACUCCACUGUCUAAAUCUUCAGUUCAAAGUCCACCACAACAAGAUCCCUACACCAGCCCACAUCCUACCAGGGAGUAUGUCAGUGAUGGCUCGCAGGAUCCCAGGGACCAAGGCCCUGCCACAGGAGGCAGUAAUCCUCUCUUGUCGCUACAGAAGUUGUGCAUGCUGCCAGAGAAACAGGUGAUUGAUCCCAAAAGUGUAGUUAAUGAUGCAUGUCUUCCAUCACCACAAUCACGUGACAACUCAAAAAACUUGGAUACCAAUGCUGACUCUCAGGGUUCAGGAGGUCAAGUCAGUUCCCAGAGUGACAGUAGGUGUGGGUCAGCAUUGGGUUCAAGUCAGUCUAGUCAGUGUGCUGAUGGCAGACAUUGCAACGAGGCAGAAGAAAGUUCUGCUGUAGCCACUGAUGAAAUUAAACCUCCACCAUGUGAUAAUGCAGGUCCAGGAGACUCGCCAACCCCCGAAGAUAAGGGACCAGCCCCAAAGGACAGUGAUAAAGACAGCUUUCAUUCUUCAGAUCCCAUUGAUGACCAACAACCAAAUUCCCCUCCCCCACUUAUAGCCAAUUCCGACAUGAUAGGUAAAGCUGAGUGUUCAGAGGAAGAAGAAAAUGUGAAAGUUAACAGCCAUUUGAAGAACAUGACCUGUCAGCAAGCUAUUGUUAAUGGUAACAUUCAGGCUGAUUUGACUUCGCCCUGUAUCUCACAAAAAAGUGCCCUCACUGAUGAAGUUCUGGAGGAGAUGAAAAGCCAGGAUAUCGGCGAACACCUAUUAAAACACAGAAGGUCACCAAAUAGUGUUCUUAGUAGAGCUCGAUCACUCAACUGUGAUGUUAAGCUUGUCUAUUCUGAUGAUUGUGUUCUAAAUGGAGAUGAUAGAAUCAUGGACAAAUUGAAACUUCCCAAUCAUACGAAAAACAAAGUAAACAACCAAGCAAAUGAUGCUGAAGAUGAUAUGUGCAUCAAGUUAGAGAAAUGUGGCCGCAUCUGUGAUAAACUUGAUACAAGUGAGAAUGCAAGUGUUGAAUCAGCUAAGCCAUCGUCUGCACCAUCCUCUCCUGUUGUUUCUGCAGAAACGGAAUUAAAACAAGACAGUUUGGAUAAAAAUGAGAAAAACACUCCUGAACAAACAUUUGAGGAUAUGGAGGAUUCCAAGUCUGAUGUCAUUUCAUCACUUGAGAAUGGGGUGACUAUAAAUAAAGAUAAAAGUGAGAAUCUCUCCAAAAGCAAAUUAAAUUCUAGAAGAACACAGCCAGAGCGGACAAUGUCUUUGCGAGAAGUGCCUGCUCGUUUGGCAAAUAAUGCUGCCUACUACAACAACUACAGUGAUUCAGACAGCAAUGAUGAUGGUAUACUCAUGGUAAGGAAGGACACAAAAGCAACUUAUAGUAAAUUAUCCAGAAAUAGUUUAUUGAACGGAAUUCAAAGUCCAGACAUUCUAUCAUCAGAAGAUAGCUCUGAGGAGGAGGAGGAUGAUGAUGAUUGUAAAAUUGAGCCAGAUUUUGGUGACAGUAUAACUGACACAAAAUCUGAUCAUGAGCCAUGGAAAAGCAUACACUUGUCCAAUGAUGACACUGAUGGUGUUGGCAAAUCCAAAGACUUUCCAGCCAAAGACAACUUAACAAAAUCACUACCAUGUGACAAAAUAUCACACAACCCUGGUAAUAAUGAGAACAAACACGUCCCUGUCAAGGACAAUACCUUUAAAAAGUUACGAAAAGACAAAUCGCGUAAAUUAAUGGAAGACUAUGUUGAUAUGGUUUCCGAGGAGGAGGCAGUACAAAGUUUGGACAAUGUUAAAAAGAACAUCAGAGCAAAAUCUUCAGGCAGUGUGAAGAUGCAUUCUGCUGGAAAUAAAAUAAAAAAGACACAAGCUAGUAAAAAUAGUCCAGCAACUGUGGAAAGUAGUGGUUCAGAGGUACAAAUGUCAAAGAGAAAGAGACGUCCUAGAAUGUCGCCUCUAAAGUAUGCAGGAGAUAUGUACUAUGGAGGAGACUAUAUUCUCGAUUCUGAUGAGGAAAGAGAAGUGGAAGUUAAGAGUAAAAGGACUAGGAAACCAAGUGGAAACCCUCCUGAAAAAAAUAAACCUGUCAAAUCGGUUGUGGUGUUAGAUUCUGAUGAGGAAUUAUCAGAGGAUACAGACAAAAAAAUUAAACAAUUAAGUGCUGAUUGUGCAAAGGAAAGUACUGCUGUUUCCAUUACGCCACAUCUGGUAUCUUCAAUGCCCUCGUGCCCUUCUGGGGCCUCAUCCAACCCUCAUGAUACCCCAGUUGUGAAAAUUGAAAAAAUCACAGAAAAUAUUCAAGCUAACAAUAGCAAAACAAACUAUAGUGUUAAAAAGGAAAGCCCAAAACCAAGCUUUAAUGUCAAAAAAGAUAAUCCAGAGAAAAACAAUGAUAUGUUUCAAAAUAAACCUUCCACCACGAAAAAAAGGUGUAGAAGACCCCAAGGGUCCCGAAGUAGUAAAGGAAAACUUAAAAAGUUAGAAAAGUCGAAAUGUAGAGGAGGAUAUCAAAAUGACGAAGACAUUGAUGAUAUCCAACUUAAAAGAACAUUAGCCUUAAUGAAAAAGAAACAUCGGAAAAAGCCAACAGCACAUCGAGAAAGCACAGUGGGUCCUUUCAUUCGGUUGGAGGGAAAUAUAGACAACCCUACAAAGUGUUCAGUUGUAAACCAACUAGAAAGCGAUAUACAAGUGGACUCAAAGUCGAGUAAGCAUAAGAAACGCUCUACAGCGGUAGCUGUGUCGACAGUACAUAUAUCACGGCUCCCCACGGAGAAGUCAGUUCUGGUCCCUGGCAGUUCAGUGAUAGAUGAGACAACUUGGGUAUGUGCUUUGUGUAGGAAACACAGUAGUUAUAAAUUUCUGGGAGAUUUGUUUGGACCUUAUUACACAGAGGGUAAUCUGCCACUGCCAAAAGUGCAGGAAGGUCCUCAACAAGAUGGUAGUGGGACUAAAUCUAAAAAGCGCAAGUCGUCUGAGGACAAUACAUUCUGUGAUGGUGCUGAUAAAUCAAAGAGGUCAAAGUUCAAGAAAUCAGACUGUGGUACCUCGAGAGUACCAAGGGAAGUGUGGGUUCAUGAGGAUUGUCUUGCCUGGGCUGAUGGGGUACUACUUAUAGGACAGAAGGUAUACGGCUUAGAGGAGGCUACUCGGAUAGCAUCAUCUAUGGUGUGUUCUGUAUGUAAGGAAUCUGGUGCUAUGGUCGGAUGUCUACACAAAGGCUGCUCACAAAAAUACCACUUUUAUUGUGCUAUUGAAACAGGGUGUAGUUUAGAAGAAGAGAAUUUUUCCCUAUGGUGUCCAAAACACAAGGUUAAGAAGAAAUAUAAAGCUGCAGAUUCCUCAAUGUCCAAGACAUGACACAUUGGCACAUUAGUUGCCAUUAUGAAUCCCAAAACUAGCCGAUGGACUUCCUGCCCCUGAUCACAUUGGCUGACGUCUGGCCACAGAGGGCUGAAAGAAGUAACCUAAGGACCGACCAGAACCUGGUCAAAGCUACUGACCACCCAGCAGAGACAGUAGCCUUAGAAAGCAAUAUCUAAAUAUAGCUUGUUUGCAUUGUUGGAGAGAACAGGGACAAUGAUAAUAUGACCUUGCAAAAGAUAAAUUUCAGCUACUAUGAGUUUUGAAGGUCUUGGCUGAACUUGCAGAACAUUGUCUUAAUAGAUUUUUUCAGAUAGCUUUUCUUGGAAACUUAUCAAGAAUUACCUCAAACUGCAAUAGGGAAACCACAUUGACCAUUAUUUUGACAUUUUCUGCUCUGUUUACGACUUCUUUUAAGGGAGAAAAUAUCUGGAACAUUUCUUGGAUAUAAAUUUUCUAAAAAAUGUGUCGACCAGCAAAUUAUUUUUAAAAAAAUUUAAAUAAAUACUCAAGAAAAUAGUGUACAAGACUGAAUGGUAGACAUUUCAUGUAUAUAAACUGUUGAAUGUGGCUGUAUACACAUUAAAUUUUAAUUAAAACUUUGAUUGUCAUAGAUUAUUAUAGAUUUAAUGUCAGAAAUAUGUCAAGGAAACUUGUCUGGUAAAUUUUAAGAAAUAUUGGCCUAGGUAUAGAACUUGAGAAAGAAAUAAUUAUGGGGUUAUGAACGAAAUUAACCAAGAUAAAAUUAUAAUGUGAGCAUUAUAUUGAGUGAGAAGUUUUUACAGACAAAUAAAAAAUGGGUUAGAAGACCAUGAAACGCAAGAUAAUAUGAGUAAUGUCCCUUGUCUAAGAUUUUGAAUUAUGCCCCUUUGUUGGGUCAGUUUUAAUACCUUUUAUAUAGCAGAAGAAAAGAAUGGUUGAUGACUUAUAUUUUUUAAGAAUCUAGUCAAUGUAGUGUUAACAGUUUGUUCCCAUAUAUGAGUACCAUAGUGGUUGUUUCUUCAUGUGAAAAAGUAUAUGUUACUAGUUCGUGAUCAUCACAUAUCUGAAUGGAAUACAUAGCUUGAGUGAUUACUUAGAAUCAUGUGUUGCAGUAAACUUCAGUUAAAAUGUCGGUGCUGAUGUGCACAGUUGUAAAAGCCAUGAAAAUCCUAAAUGUUCAAUCCUUUAGUUCAUGAAUGGAGUAAGCUUCAAAUUUAAUCAACAUUUUGAUAUUGAUAAGGCAACCUGUUACAUUAAAAUCGCCCAAUUUAUGUGUUCCGUGAAGAUUGUAAAUUCCCAUCCUAGUAUGGUUGAGCUGAUUUCAGUAUUGGUAACUACAGUAGAAACUUGUCUGUCUGGUAUUAUUUAUUUCAAGUAAGAACCUGAUUUUUAUUUUCAUUUUUUAGGAGAUAGGAUAUUUUCUAGGAAAAAUUCUAAAUUGCUGUUCAUGAAAAGUUAAGUUAUUUAAGCAGUCUUGUGCCCUGAAGACUAGAUAUGUAAGGUUCUGUUGUAUAUUUAUCAAAAUGUUAUAACCAUUACAGUGGGAAAAACUACAUUGUAUUUUUGUAUUGAGGAAAUCAUUCUGUGUUGUUAAAUAUAUUGUGUUCAAAGUUCAGGUCUAAUUAAGGAAGUAAUUAUUUGGAACAUAUUCCUCAUAUGAUGGUUACACUACAUGUAAGUGCUAGUAUUAUUCUUUUUCAUUUGGUGAGAAUAUUAAAAUACAACUUCUGAUUUUGUAUAUGUGAUCACUGUGUUACUUACAUACAUAUUUUCUUUCUGUAUGAAUCUCAGAUAUACAUCUACCAAAGUUUCUUCAUUGACAUUUAAUAUUUUAAAAACUACAUUUCUGUCUGUAUUAGGAAGUAGCUCAGGGAGCAUAAAUUCUGUCCAUGUCAGGAAUGGAAAUUAAAAUUCUGUCAUGUAAAGGAAUAUUCUAGUAUUAUUAAAACUAAAUCUUGUCAUAUAUAGAAAUGUUCUGCAGCUCCCUUUAACUUGUUUGUAAGGGUUAUUCUUGCCCAUAUAAGGAAUAAUUUUGUCAUGGAAACAAAAAAAAUUAUCUAUAAGAAAAUGAUUUGUUAUAUAAAUUAAACCAUUUCCCAUAUAAGAAAAUAGUCUAAAACUGUUAUUCGAACUGAAAUCCUGCCCAUAUAAGCAAAUGGUCUGAUAUUGGAACUAAAAUCCUGCCCAUAUAAGCAAAUGGUCUGUUACAGCACCAACGAAACACCAAAUUGUCAUUAGUUUGAAAUGUCUACCAGAUUGGAUAUCUAGAAAAGCUAUCUAAAUGGAGCCGGCUCUUUCUUUUCUUGCAAUACAUUUCUAUGUUAAUUGUUUACACAUACAAUAGUUUUGAAGCAGUUGACUUCCCUCAAUGUUUGGUCUUAUUUUAUUUUCCUAUAUGGAUUAAUUGACAUAGCAGUGGUUUGCCAUGAAAUGAGAGUAUAAAGCAUUACCUAGUAAUAACUUGACCUUGGAUUUGUUCUAAGAUUUCAAACUAAGUAUACUAUAUAGUAAGUUUUAUUUAAUUAAGUAGUUUAGUGCAAUUUUCACUGCUCUUUGAUUUCCUAAACUACCAUCACACCAAUUCAGACAGAAUUCAGUUUAUGUUAAUAUACAUUAGCUGCUGAUUGAAGGGAGGUAACUUCUUCUAAGUUUUGGUAAUUGAGCAGUAUUUGUUGGAAAUUGUUCAUGACCAAAUGACCGAUUAUAAGCAGGUGAUUGUAGGUUUUUGUGUUAAUGACGAUUGUUGUUUCAUUAUGUAAUCAUCAUUGUUUCACAACGUUCUUCAUGCAGUAGAGUACUCAAUGCUGUGUAAACCUGUGUAAGCUUGUCCAAAUAUAUUACUCCUUGAAGUAGAAAUUGAAACUGACAGGGCACCGUGUUGAACGGGGAUAACUGGUGAUAGCCAGAUAUGUAAAUGUAUUAUACUCUUUCUUUUUUUCCCUGUGGUUUUUAGUUAUUAUAAUUUUCACCUUUUUCAUUGCCUAUGAGCAAAGACAUAUUGAGAAUUUCUUAAAUGAAUCGAAGAAGAAUCUUUUAGGGAAUAAAAGUUUCCAGCAGAAUUGCUACAUGUAUAAUAAAGCCAAUUUUUGAGGCAUUUUAGAUAUUAUUUUUCCUCCGUGUAGAAAUAAUCCUGUAUCGGUCCUUUGAGGUCAGUAUGGUAUUAGAACUGUCUGUAUCCUGUUUAUCCUGCUUUAAAAGUCCAUACUUAUAUGUAGAACAUGCAUGCCAGCUAUAUUUUUCUGAUUCUCAAAGAAAUAGAUUGUUCAUGGCUAUGAGCUUUACGCAACAUCAGACAAUAUUUCCAUUAUACAGUGAAAGUGCUGGAAACAGAAUGAGAGGUAUUGGUCAUAAGUUGUUUGUGUCAUUUUAAGACAGAUGUCUUAAAAACUUUGUACAGUUUUCCUUUUUUAUGAAAAUAAAAAGAGAAAUAAAAUUAUUUCAUUACAAAUAUUUUGUU